AAUCAGUUUUACAUUUCAGAAAGGACAUUCUUGUCCCGGUCAUUGAACGACAGGUCGGAUACGGGGGCAGAAUUUGUCUCUACGAUGUCGUUGUGGUGGACUAGGUGACUUCAGUGAAAAUAAAUUAAAUCAUUUGUGGGCCCUGGAGAGUUGGUUCACCGUUCCUCGUCUUUCUCGUCUCUUUGUUUAGUUACCGGGCGAAAUUAGGGUUCCAAAAUCGACCCUGUUUCCUUUAUUUGAUCGAUCAAUUGCCGAAAAAAUUAAGAUAACUUCUUAGGACCAAUGAAGAAUAGGAGCUUAGGAAAGGAUGAGGAAAACAAGACGAAGAUCAACAGCUCAGCAUCUAUCAGCAUGAAGAAGAAGAAGAACAUGAUGAGAUUAGGAGGGCCUGCUCUUUCCCUUGAAGCAUUCGCUAAUGCCAAAUCCACCAGAAACAAGUACAAUCCCGCUCUAAUAAAAAAGCAAAGAGAGUUCUAUAAGAAUGCAAAGUACGUGAGCAAGUUUAAGAAAAAGCUAAGGCAACAAAAUCAGCAGACUGAAACCUCCUCAGUUGUGACAAACCUAGAGGAUAAUAAUGAAACUGGAGAAAGUAGUGAAAUCAUCAAAAAGAAUAAUAACAAGAAAAAAGGUUCAUACAGUUUGAAAAAAUUUAUGAGAUAUGAGAAGCAGCACGAAGAGAAAGAGAAGGCAAGAACUGAGAGGGAGGCAUUUAUUAAAGCAAAGAAUGAAGAAAGGGAAAAGGCCGAAGCACGUAGAAAAGCUGAAAGAGAGAAGAUGUUCAAGAAGACCCGGCAUGGUCAACCAGUCAUGAAGUAUAGAAUUGAGCAUCUCUUGCAAACAAUUCAGGGUUCAAAUUAAAUUUGGUUAGGCCUUCUGAACCGCGCAUGCUUUGUUAAUUUGUGCCUUGGCCCCUAUUAUGAUGCUAGUGUAGCUAACAAAAGCAAUUGAAUGUUAGAGUUUUGAGUGAUUGUGGUGUUAUUGCUCGAAACAUGAUUAUACAAGCUGGGUUGUUGUUGGAAAAUUUUUGAGAGUGAGGAAAAACAAUUUUGAUGUGAUGCUAAAGAUAUUGAUUCUCUUA